AUGUCUCCAGAGGCCUCCAGCAAUAGCAACAUUCGAGUCUUUAUCCGCUGGCACGACCAGACAGUCUUCGCUGGCGAGGAGAUCAAGUGCACCAUCACGUUCAAAAACAUCGCUCGCGACCCAAAUCAGCAACGCCAGUCUCAACUCCUCACUCCCACCGACCGCCCGAGGCAUGUCUCGCCCUUGCUGAGAGGCAAGUCAAACGCCGGCUUGACCCCGCCGAAUUCAGCUCAGACUCGCGGUCAUCGAUCUGCCCUUUCCCUCAAUGUACCGGCUGCUCAAUCGCGACGACGCGCCGGCUCGGUGCCAUGGCCGUCGCCUCUUACUCCCAAUGCCGCAGAGCACCGCGGCAAUGGCCAUACGAAAUCAGUAUCUAUAGUAUCGAUUGGUUCUACGAGCACAAUAGCCGACGACAACCAAAGCAAUGCAGGCUCGACAAGAUCUCAUAGACCGGGCCGCGGUCAUGCACGAGCUUCGAGUCUUCAGAUUGUCCCUCGUGGAGCUGCGUUAGGACUCGGAGGGCCUCAUUCUGCGUCACCUAGACACAUAAGCUCGCCCUUGUUCAACUCGACAUCUGCCUCCGAUACACCUCCUGCGACUUCACGAUCUUCGACGUUCCCUAAUGCGCAGAGCACAGCGGGCUCUCAACGACCAAUGAGGUCUCCUAAUACCGCGCUGGCCGAUUUUCGGUUCCCGAUGGUCCAGUCACCACUGUCCGAGUCGACAACCACCCCAAUAACGGCACAUCACGAUGGCCUUCUGAGCCCAAACAACGAGGUGCCUCCGAGCACCUCAGUACGAUCUAAAGACAACAUUCCUACAAUUGUCAACGAACAUACGGCUCCAGCGAUGCGAAUACUAUCCACUACGAGCAUGGGAGGAGGUACACCGCGCAGCAGCGGAGAGUUCUACUCCAUGAGCAAUAACUCAACAGAAACGCUGGCCUCCGAAUACCCUUCACAGCCCACCAAAGGUCCUAUGCGACCGCCGCACUUCAGGCGGGGAUCCAAUUAUGCGUCACAUAACCCGAAGCUGCCGGAGUCGUUGAUGAUGGGCUACGCGCAGAUUCAAGGCUCUUUCACACUCGACGGUUCGCUUAUCAACAUCGGGCCCUUCGAGCAGGUCAAGCGUAAGGCCGUAGUCGGCGGUCAGGGCGGUGGUGUUAUCGGAGUGGAACCUUCGAAACGGGAUAGUGGACUGCUUCGGAGUUUCGGCUGGGGAACCAUCAGCAACUCAAUUGGCGAAUUACUUGGCGGCGGCGAGCUGAGCAGCAUUAAGGACAUGCGCGGCAUUGCCAGUAACAAGUCUGUGCCUCUGCUCUCGACGCCGCAGUCCAUCCUCUUCGUGGACUUGAAUCUUGCUCCGGGAGAACACAAGGCCUUCGAAUAUUCGUUUCAGCUUCCCAAGGGAUUGCCACCGACGCAUAAGGGCAAGGCGGUAAAAAUCUCCUACAGCUUGGUCAUUGGCACGCAGCGAGCAGGCGGCUCGAAAGAGCAGCAAGUACGCUCUGUUGAGAUCCCUUUCCGAGUGCUGGGCAGCGUCAACAGCUACGGCGAAAUCCUCGGCCAUGACCUUAUGAACCCUUACAUAAUCCUCCGCGACCAGGCGAAGAUCAAGACGGUCGACAAGCUGUCGACACUCGGCGAGAUAAAGAAGCUCAAAUCCCCGAAAACGGAUACAUCGACGAUCAACGACUUUCUCAUUUAUGUAGAUGAGCUCCUCCUUAGACCACAGCAGGGGUCCAACACCGGCUUGCUUUCUCCCACAGCGUACCCUGGCUCGCGGCGGUCGUCAGCCUUCGAGGAUGCGACGACCGCAACAGAGGCCAUCAACAUGGCCAUCAUGCGCAGCAAUCUGACCACCGAAGGCCAACAGAGCCCGAACCGUUUCGAAAUCGCCCGCAACGGCCAGCGGGUCGGCGUCGUCAUGCUCACCCGCCCGUCAUACCGCCUGGGCGAGGUUGUCACUAUGGCAAUCGACUUCACCGACGCCGAGAUCCCAUGCUACGCCGUGCACUCGUGCCUCGAAUCCGCCGAGCGCAUCGAGCCUCACCUAGCCAUCCGAUCCGAAGCCUCGAUCCACCGCGUCACCCGCAGAGUCCACGUCUCGGCCUCGGAAGCCACCCUCUACAACCGCAGGAUGGUCUUCACGCCCACCAUCCCCAUCAACGCGACGCCCGAGUUCAUCACCACCGGCGUGUCGCUCGAGUGGAAGAUCCGCGUCGAGUUCGUCGUCCCGAGCCAGGAGACGGAGCUGGAGCGCGAGGCCCCCAGCACGCACCCCCUGCUGGAGGAGAUCUCCCGCGACGAGCGCGGCGGACUCGUCCUCGUGGGCGUGGAGAACCUCGCCUGCGAGAGCUUCGAGGUGGCCGUGCCGUUGCGGGUGUACGGCGCCGUCGCGACGGGCCUCGAGAGGCUGGAGAGGGACGAGGCGUUGGAAGAGGGUCUCGUCGUCUGA